GGAAACUUUCUCAAAACAAAUCAACUCUUCAAAUAAAUCUCGAAUCACACCAUAGAACUUCAGUAGCAUAUCGAACUUUCGAACUCCACUUUGUAAUCAGAAUAUGAAAUUACUCUAGAGUCUCUUCUUUUCAGGGAUCAACCGGGCUAAACGCAAGAAUAUGGUGUGCGACAAAGAGAAAACCGAGGGGAGAAAAGAAGAAGAAAAUUACUAUCUUAAUCCCGAGGCUAAAAGCAAGAAUACGGUAUGGACAUAAUUAGCUUAAUCCCGAGGAUUUUUCAGAUGAUCUUCAGUUGUUCCGCAAUGACUGUCUUGGUCUCUGCGCAAGAUGUUGACAAAUACGUGGCUUUCAGCUUUUUGAUGGUAAUAAUGAGCUUAUUGACCCCCUGGAGUCUUAUGUUGGCGAUUGCACAAGUGUAUGAUCUUGCUGGAUUCCAGCUUCUUCAACCUAGAAUAAUCAAGAUAGGCAUCAUUAUUGGAGACGCGGUUCUCUCUUUUCUCGCUCUAGCAGCCGCCUCCUCAGCUGCGGCCGUGAUCAGCUUCUUACCAGACUUGAAGGGAUCCAGCAGAUAUCAGCUCGCAGCCACAUUGGCGUUUUUCACCUGGAUCAUGACGGCUUCUUCAGCUCUCCUAAACUUCUGGCUAUAUCACUCAGUUUGAAUCAUUCCUUGAAGCAUGGUUGGGGAACAAACUUAAAACCAGAAAAUAAAAAAAGAUAUCUUGAAGCAUAUCUUGAAACUCAAUUUGAAUCAUAUGUUGAAGCAUGUUUAAAAAUUUCUUGUCAGAUGGUAUGAGUCACCUCAUGCGGUGAUAACCAUUGCUUAACUCAUGUGCUGUGCUGUGACAGAUGACAUGAAUUACCUCGAACAGUAAUUAUUAUCUCUUGUCUCACAGGUUGUAGAGUUAUCAGAUGGUAUGAAUUACUUUAAAGGGGCAACAGUCAUCUCUAUCUCAUAUUUUGCACAGUUAAUCAGAUAAUAGGAGCUGAAAAACAGUAAUUGUCUCUUCACUAGGUAGUAUGCAUGAACACCCAGUA